AUGGUGAAACAGAAAGUGACUUCAAAGUCGUCUAAACGGUACAGAUACUCAUCAUUCAAGGACAAGAUAGACAACCUGAGGAUAGAGCCAGCAAGAGAUCUAACCAAAAGAGUUCACGAUCAUGUGGAAACCUCCCACUUCUUGGCCUCGUUUGAUCACUGGGAUGACAUUAAUAUGAGCGCUGGUUUCACUUCAUUUGCUGAUGAUGUCAGACCACUGGUACAAACACUCCCCCAGAUUCUCUUCCACGAGAAGCAAAUAUUUGAGCAUCUGCACGACAAAAUUAGCCAGCAUGAUGAAAAUUCGCUUCAGCCACUUUUGGACCUUUUGGCUCAGUUUUGUCAUGAUUUGGGCCCGGACUUCAUGCAAUUCUAUGAGAAAACAAUGCGAAUGCUGACAGCCUUGUUAGACGAUGCUAUCAAUUUCGAGUCCUCGAACGUUUUCGAGUGGGGUUUUAACUGUGUUGCCUACAUUUACAAAUACUUAUCGCGAAUCCUGGCGCAAGAUCUUUUACUCACUUACAAUCUGCUUUUUCCACUAUUUUCUCACAACAAGGAGUAUUUGUCUAGAUUUUCUGCUGAAGUCUUGUCCUUCUUGGUGAGAAAAGCAAAGCAAAAGAGUUUACAGGACCUAAUUAACCAUACGUUCAAACAACUCGAGGACACCCCUGACGGUAGUGUUUAUGAUGGUCUCCUUGCUCUUUUUACUGAAACACUUACUUCUACCAAAGAAUCAUUACAUUCCAAAUUCGGUACCAUCAUGGAAACUCUGGUACAAACAUGUUUAGUAAGCAACAACAACUCCAGGUGCAUUUCUCUGCUUGCAGAUGUCAUAAUGAACAUUCUCAGGCAUGUUUCUACAGAAAACGCUGCUCAAGUAUACGACGUUACAUUGUCUAAAAUCGAUGUACUUCUCGCCGACAAGCAUGCUGAAUUAAACACUCCUGCUAAAAUUUUAAUAUCACUGGCGUAUGCCGAGAGUGGUAGAAAAGUUGCAUCGUGGUCCACUUUAAUUGGUUGCAUUCAAAAGAUGAUAAAGCACCCUAACUGCAAGUCUCUAUCAGCAGAAGAUACAGCUCUACUUUUUUGUUGCAUACUGCGUAAUUCCCCAAUCCCUGAUUUAACACAGUGCCAUAAAUCUCUUUUUUCAUUCUAUAUUGAGCACUUUGCUGAAAACUUUCUCGAGUUCUUCAAGUUGGCCCUCACGUUUGAAAAAGACCGCAUGUUGUCCUUUGGAGGAGCUAAAUUUCUACAAAAAUUCAUUAGCGUGUCUUGGGCUCUCCAACCAAAAAAAAUAGCUCUUUUCUUGUUGCAGUUGGAGAAAGAUGAACAGUUGAGGCAGAAACUAGCCAUAAAAAUUUCUAACGAAUUUGUCGAAAGUCAGUUUUCGGAAAUAGAUUGCACGAAUGCUUUACUGAAUGAAGAGGCCCUUUUUCAGGUGUACUGGAGACUGCAAAUUUUGAGCUACUCCGAUUGCGAUAACGCAGAGGUGCUUUUGCCUCUUCUAGAAGCCCUUUUACAAAGAGAAGCAUUAUCCGACUUCGAAAAAGAUGUUAUAGGAAAAUUGUUACAAGUUUUGACUAUCAAAAGCGAUAUCCCCUUCAAAAGAGUGGUAAACCUGGCUAUUGUGAAGUUUGGAAACAUCCAAAACAGCAGGUUGUGCGUGGAGAGUUUACACAGAAUUUUGCGCGAAUUCGCGAAGACUCAAGAUGCAACGUUAUUAUCCGUGAGUCCAGUUGUCUUGCUCGGAAUCACGAAGAACCUGAGUCUUCCCGAUCACAAAAUUCGAUAUGAGUCUCUGAAAUUGAUUCUCGCAAUUUUACAAAUACAAGGUAAAGAAGCUCCACAAAUCCUGAACGAUUGUAAGCUUAUCGAGGAAAUACCUCGUAAUCUACAAACAGCCCGCGAUGUUACCAUGCGAAUUAGAGCGAUGGGUUCGGAUUUCGCUAAAAUAGAGUCUGAAGAGUUUAUAUGCCAUGCCUUUCUCAACUAUCUCUUCGGUAUUUUAACGGUAAGAUUCUCGCCAGCUUGGGAGGGUGUUUAUGAGAUUUUGCCAAAUAUCUAUGGAAAAGACCAACAACUAACAUGGAAUCUGUUCUUGAAAUUUAUCGAUGCGUUAGACGAGAAAUUUAAUCUCGAAUAUUAUGAGCCAUCUGGUUUAGAAGCUGAGCGAGACGAGAAUUGGUCUGUUAGCAUUUCUAGAUUGAACGAAGGUCUACAAUCUUGUAAUAAGGUCUUUGAGUCAUACUUCAUGAUUGAUUUUUCGAUAAUAGAGCUCUCCAAGGAAGACAGGAGCAAUUUGAACUACCCUGGAUUAAUAAGGAACCAAGCAUUGAAAGGGCUUCUACUAAUCCCACAACUUGCAGAGCGCCACUCAAGAGAUAUUAUUCCGUAUUUUUUGAAGACGAACCCCGCUGACGACUUCGUUGACCAUUCAGAGGCUGAAGAGGGCGUUCGAACGGCCAGCACUUGGUCUGAAUCUGACCGGAAGCUGCUUUUGACAUUAGUCGGAAAGUUUAAGAAUAUCAAGGCUGUUUUCAGGUCAGAAGAGGUGUUCGAGAGGCUUUUGGAUUUACUUGGUAGUAGAACCACGGAGGUGCAAAAGCUAGCUCUCGAUGGACUAUUGGCCUACAGAGACAAGGUAGUGAUCAAAUAUAGGGACAACCUGAAGAACUUACUCGAUGACACUGCUUUCAAGGACGAGUGCUUGAAGCUGUUGUCUCAAAGUGAAGAGCAAAUAAUCGAAUCGAAUGAUGAGUGCGAGUUGAUGCCAAUAAUUUUGAGGAUACUCUUCGGCCGCGCACAAACCCCAGUGACUAGUGGUCUGAAAAAAAGUAGGAAAACGGCUGUCAUUACCCUUUUGCCUAGCUUAGCCGAAAGAUACGUGAUUGAUUUUCUCAAACUCGCAAGUAAUGGCGUGCAGCAUGAGAGAUUCUAUCAGGACGAAGUGGCCUCAGAAUCGUCUGAGCAGACCACAUUAUCGCUUAGAAGAAUGGUUGGUUUUGCGACUCUUGGGCAGUCUGCAGUUAAUGCUUUAGGAUCUCGUUAUCCACGCGCUACAGCAACUUUGAUAGAUCCUGUGCUUUACACAAUUUGGGCGUCCAACAGGGUCUCCUCAAAUAAAACUGAUGAAGAGUUCAUGAUUAAACAAGCUAACAAUGUUAGACAAAUCUCUAUGAAAUUAAUGUUGAGCAUCUUCUCAACUGUGGGAGGUCUAGUUGAAUGGGAUGAUUGGAUUCCUAAGACAUAUAAACUAAUGGUGAGUCCCAGGCUAGAAAAGUUUGAAGAUGAAAAUCUCCAACAGCCGUCUUCCUUGAUGACAAUAAUAUCAUUUUGGGCAAGUGAUAUAAGGUUUUACAAAUUCCUUUACUACGACCAUUGCUCUGCAGCAGGCGCUCUCAUGAAAACACUCGCGAGGCGCAAUGCUAAGGAAGCUGUCGUUGGGAUGAUAUUGAGUUUUGCCAAUCAAAUUAUAAAGAACCCAACAGGAGAAAAUGAGUACGUUGACCUAGUAUCACUGGUGGCAUCUUCUUGCUUGAAAACUUUACCGGAAUUGCUUGGCAUGGUUACAAGUCAAGAGGUCGUAGCGGUCGCAGUUGAUUUACUUCUCAACUUGAUUGAGGCGGGCUAUGUCCAUGAAAACGAAACUAAGAAGUACCUUUUGAACUCCUUGGCCGCUAUACUCGAAGGAGGUUUGAAGGGAAUCCGCGGUACAGAGAAGGUCAAAGUAAUGCAGUCUAUUGCAUCUUUGAUCAUUGAAUACCAGUGCGAGUGGGAAGAUAUCGAUCGACUAUACAAAUGCUGUUCAAAGCUCUACAGAACUUUUUCCGAAAAAGAUUUGAGACUGUCCCUCAAUCAAGUGUUUUUGAGUAUCGGAACAAGGUUUGAGACUUUCAGCGGCGUUGCUAAACUACUAAGUGAGCUCAAUGGGUACUCUUCCAAUCGCAUGGAAAGCUACAACUUCGAAACUGUCUUACCCGCGUUCAAAGAAAUCAAUGAAAAAAAGUAUCUGUCUUUUACCGAAAUAGAAUGGCUGCCUAUCAUUAACAGUUGUCUCUUUUACAUUACCGACGAAGAAGAACUGGCGAUUAGAACAAAUGCUACCUACACGUUACAGAGGCUGGUUGAUUAUGCAAAUUCUAAAGCGUUAGAAGUUGCUAAACCUGCUAUUGAACUAAUAAGAUCAGAAUUAGUACCUCAGCUCAAAAACGGAUUACGCAACAAGAGCUAUGAAAUUCAAACAGAGUUCAUUUCUAUCGUGGCUUACAUUGUCACUAAUUCAAUUCACUACAGUGAGCUAAGUGAUAUGAAGGUUCUGUUAUUCGAUGGAGAUGAGGAAGCAAAUUUUUUCACGAAUAUCUCCCAUAUUCAACUACACCGUCGCCAGAGGGCAAUCAAAAGGCUUGGUGAGAAUGCGGCAAGCUUAUCGGACAAUAGCAUUGCACAUUUUCUUAUUCCAAUGGUUGAGCACUAUGUUCAUUGCAGUGAUGAGAAGUACAGAAAUCUUUGCAACGAAUCAAUAUCUACUAUGGGGCUUUUAACUCACUAUGUUACUUGGAAUCAAUACAAGGCCUUGAUGAGGCGUUUUGUUUCAAUGCUCGAGCACAAGCCUCAGUUCUUGAAAGAGACAGUAAUCUUAAUCGUGCAUUGCUCCCGAUCACUAGCGGAAUCUAUGAAGGCUCUGAGACUAGAUGACUCCAAUACUUCAACUAUGAAAAAGCUACCAAAGACCCUCGCAGACCCAGAAACCUUUAUUAAAGAAGAAAUUUAUCCCAAAUUUAGCAAGAUUUUGAACACAAGAGAUGAGCAAACCAUAGUAGCCAGAAUUCCGCUAUGUGAAGCUAUGGUCAACUUCAUCCUUGGCCUAGAUUUUGCGGACAGAGCAUCCCUCCUUCCCGGAAUCUUGAGUAGCGUGUGUCAAGUCUUGCGUAGUCGCUCUGAGGAGCUUCGCGAGGCUGUCAGGAAAAGCUUAGCCAAUGUAAUUGUCAUUUUAGGGCCGGAAUAUUUGACGUUCAUGUUCAAGGAGCUAAAGGGAGCACUACGGAGAGGCUCUCAAAUUCACAUUUUGAGUUACACCAUUCACUCAAUCCUCAUGGCGCUCGCGCCAAAACUUACUCAUAAAGAUUUGGACGCUACCGCACACAUGAUAGUUGGAGUCAUAAUGGAGGAUGUUUUUGGCACCGCUGGACAAGAAAAGGAUGCCGAAGGAUACACUUCAAAAUUGAAAGAGCUUAAAUUCAACAAGAGUUACGACACGGGUGAGAUUCUCGCGUCCAAUAUCUCUUUAUCUACCUUUGGAUCUCUUCUGCAGCCAAUAAAGGCACUACUGUCAGAGAAUCUGGGCCUGAAGAUCCAGCGGAAGCUCAACGAACUCAUGAGAAGGUAUGCUCUUGGUCUCAAUCACAAUGAAGAGAGCUCUUCCACGGAUGCUCUAACUUUGUGCUAUGAGAUCUUUACUCAGUCAUCAGAAGACGCCGAGAAGAAAAGGAAUAGAGGUUUCAGGGGGCCACGAUCAAGAACAGACUCCUUUUUCAUCAUUAACCUUAAUGCCAAAACUGACCGAGUCCAGAAUGAACACGCAUUCAAUAGCGCUAUACUCCAAAAAUUCUCGCUCGACUUGCUCAGAACCGUACUAUCAAGAAAUUCAAACCUCCUUGAUGCCGCUUACCUUGAAAACUUCGUUCCUCUUUUGCAAUGUGCGUUGGACUCGAACGAUGAGGGUGUACUGAUUAGCUCCAUGCGAGUUCUAAUUGCUCUUGUGAAAUUACAGUUUACCGAAGAGAACGAAGGUGUUUUCAAAAACUGCGCCAGGAAAGUUCUCAAUGUUGUGAAGGACUCCCCUUCUACAUCAAGUGAGCUUUGCCAGGUCGGUCUAAAAUAUUUGUCAUCUCUGAUUCGCUACAAAGAUAUUCAAUUAAAAGACACGGCGUUGAGUUUUAUUCUGGAGAGAAUCAAGCCAGAUCUAAAUGAGCCAAACAAACAAGGUCUUGCGUUCAAUUUCGUGAAGUCUUUGGUUCUGAAACAUAUUAUCCUGCCCGAGCUUUACGAUAUCGUUGACACAAUUGCAGAGGUCAUGGUCACGAAUCACUCAAAGGAAAUUAGAGACGUCUCCAGAAGCGUUUAUUAUCAAUUUUUAAUGGAAUACGACCAGAGCAGAGGCAGGCUGGAAAAGCAAUUCAAAUUUCUUGUUUCGAACCUCGAAUAUCCAUCACAAGAUGGUCGUCAAUCCGUAAUGGAGCUUGUAAACUUGAUCGUUAAUAAGUCCAGCUCCGAUUUGCUGCUGAGACUAUCAGGUUCAUUCUUUUUGUCUCUAUCAAAUGUUGCUGCCAAUGAUAGCGCUCCUCGGUGCCGUGAAAUGGGUUCAGCACUUCUUAAGAAUUUGCUAGUGAAGUUGGGCAAAGACAAUGUCGCCUCCGUUGAAAAAUACAUAAUGGCAUGGUUGAAGCAAGACGAUCAAGUAUUUUCGGAACUUGGUUUAAGAAUUUACAAGAUUUAUAUGGCAGCUGUCUCUAUGGGAAACAAUCCACAAUUAGACAACAUGGCUAUUUCUAAAGCGAAGCGAAUCAUUUCAGAAAGCACGAUGGGGUCAACAGCAGAGUGGAAUUUGAUUUACACUGCAUUAAAUGUCUUAGACACUUACACGAAUAUAUCGGAAGAAGCUUUCAAAACUGCAAAUAGAAGCAUGUGGUCAAGCACAACUGAUUGCCUCUUAUACCCACAUCCUUGGGUCAGAUUGAUCAGCGUGCGGAUGGUCGACAAGUACAUUGAAAAGCAGGGUGAACUUGAGACUCCGUUAUCCGACUACGAGAUCCAAAGCAUUGCUUAUCGUAUUUUCCGCCAACUUGGUGCGCUUUCCGUCUCAGAAUCGCUGGCUACCGUUGCGGUGAAAACAUUAGUCUCAAUAUUGAAGAAGUGGAUCAAGAACCAAACGACUUUUAUAUCCAAGGAUGAAGAAACUGGUAAAUACGAAAGUGCGCUUGAUUUUGCACUGGCCCGAAUCGGCUCGAUACUUAGAGACGAGGAAAACUUUCGGGAAACUUUUGUGUCGAAAAAGGCAUGUGUACAGUUAUUUGCUCUAAUUAUCCAAAUCAUGGAUGAAUCGCAGGCGAGGUCGAAAGCAGAGAAGAUCAUAUUGCCGCUUUUUAUCUACUUAGAAGACGAUAGAAGGGUCGCUGAUGAGCAAGUUCAAGAGCUGCAACAGAUAUCAUAUGAAUGCAUGGAGCUCUUACAAAGUAAACUCUCCGUUUCCGACUUUAGCAUCGCUUACUCCAGAGUUAAGCAAGACGUUACGCGUCGUAGAUAUGAAAGAAGGGCAAAGCGGGCAACGCUAGCAGUUACUGCACCAGAGGCAGCAGCGAGGAGAAAGUUAAAGAAACAUGCCAGGUCAAAGGACAAGAGAAAGCACGAAAAAGAUGAAAACGGGUUUUAUCGCGCUAAAAACAAAAAGAGGAAAUUCUAA